GACGGAGUCUUAGCAACGCCAUACGGAAGUUCCUAUGGAUGUUAUAUGACUGGAGAGAAGCCUCAGAAUUGCCGCAAAGACUAGCUGGAAGCAUAUUGUACUUUCUUGCGCUUGCUUUGUUUCUAGUCCUGCGCGUUAUCCUGGAUCAUUGGUCUUCUAUGUUCGAGAUGUUCUGGCUUCUAAUAAGCUUUAUAUUCGGCAUGGUCACCCUAAUUCAUGAUGUCAGCAACAUAACGUCUAGAGGGUACUCUGACUUUCACAUUUCCAGUUCUCAGGGUAAUAGCUGGAGCUUCGGACAAACCAUGCCAGUCAUUCUAUUUGCUGUACCUUUCGUUACUAUGGCUGAGCUCUUAUAUCCCGAAGCAAGAAAAACUGUUUUAUCUUCAACACCCUGCUUAGAAAACAAUACGCACGACCAAUCAGCACGACAUCAUGACACGGAAAUAGCACAACCACAAGUCCCUUUAACGUUUGAUCCAGAUCGGAACUAUUACCAUGCUUCAAGUUCCUUGAAAGCCGGUACUGCAGCUAUUAUCAUCGCAGAAGUUGUCUUGGGAAUCGUUCCGCCUAUUUGGAUAAUGAGUAUAGCACCAUCCUUCGCAGGAUUAGCAAGAUUUAUUCUAGAGACGCCACUGCCUCUUGCAUUAUUGUCACUAUGGUGUAUGAUCCUUGUCUCCUUUGGAAUUGAUUGGAUAAUGUCUCAGAGUUUUAUUGCCUUUGCUAUACUUUCGACAUUCACCAUUUUCCGUGGUCCUGUUAAAUACAGUGGCACUGAGACGAAGCUGGAGCCACUUGAAUACCGGCAAACCACCGAGCACGCUCACUACACCUACACUGCACCCAGAAGAGGAAGGCUAUGGUUGUUCUAGAGACUCCUACGUAUAGGGAAUACAUGUUUAGUGUUGCUGGUUAAAUUCAAUUAUUACCGUUUAUAAGUGGA